GCUGGGUCCGCGCUCCGUAAACACAGGAGCUCAGAAUCAGUCCACUGCAACGGAGCUCCUCGGUUUGUAAACGGCACGCUUUUCGUUUCACCUCGGGGGUGCAUGCUGCUGUGACGUCAUCCCGGGGCAGGCUACCGCCGUUCCUCAGUUGUGUGGGAGCGAAAUGGUGCAGGAGCUGGCUGUUGCUUUGGAGAUGAAGCAGGAGCGGUAAGGGGUAGCACUGCAGCAGGAGUUACAAGGAAUAGAGUGGGUGCACCGUGGUACCCCUUUCUCGAUUCCCGAUGGAGACAGAACUAACAGACAAUAUGUGCGUCGGAACUUGAGGCCGCAGCGGACCUUACAGGAGGGCAUACUUCACUAAUGUACGUUGGCGCGAAUUAUUAAGUAAACGAAUUUGGAUGACUGUUACCGAGGGAAAACUGAAGCGGGGCGUGCAUGGGAGUAAGCAAUAACACGAUAUUAAAGACAGCCUUCUAAACGGGACAGUCGCGAUCCCACGUCAGUUUACACAUCUGUCUUUUUACGCUACCUCGUUUCGUGGGGGUGGGUAGCAAUAUUUUUUGAGUGAAAAGUAUCUUCUAAUUAGGAAAAUUAGAAACAGUCCGUGGUGGGCGGUGUAAGUGAAUGCAGUAUUAUCAUAAGCAAAGACGAUGAAGCGCGGUAUAGAAUAUCCACCGAGUUACACCUUUUACUGACAAAGUAACGUGAACGAGUCAGAUCACUAUAACAUUACUGCGCUUUAUGUUUUUAUAACAAUUUAAGACAAUAUUUAGAUUUAUUUGUGCACGUUCCUGCUUAUCUGUAGUAGUGGCUCAUCUUCCUUCAUGAAUUAUUUGCUUGGUUUUUUUUCCGCCUGUGAAAUUUACCCGGAUGAACGGAAUGCGCCGAUUUCCACUGGAAACUUUUGAGGGGUUGUUUUGGAUAGCAAGGGUUAUUGUUUUAAAUUGGAUAAUUGAAUUAACAUUAAAUGCGAUAUCGAAAUAAGGUAUUAUCAUCCAUCCAUCAGUUUUCUAGCCCGCUUAAUCCUGAGCAGAGUUUUGGGGAAGCUGGAGCCAAUUCCAGGAAGCAUAGGGCGCAAGGCAGGAAUUGUCCCUGGAUAGGGCGCCAGAGGUGCUAUCGUUUACUUUCAAAAUUACUUUUAGUGUUCGGUGUCAUCGUGUUUUCAGAUUUUGUGUUUGAUUCUACUUUUUAUGCGUCCAACUGUAAAGCAGAUGAUUUACCUGGCAGCUUGAUGUGACAGACAGUUGCGAGCAAGCACUGAGCAAGUCAUCUACCUUGCCUGGGACUCAUCUGUAAAAAAAAAAGAAUAAAUAAAGGAAUGAUGUCUUCUAUAGAAAGACACCAUGUAAACUAAAGUUUGCUUGUCUGUUUGCUUCGGAGACAGGCAGUGGUUAUCUCUCCUGUCUCACAGAUACUGAGACUAUCAGCCUUUUUCACAGUCAAUGUGGAGUUUGUGCAUUUUCCUCGUGAUGGGCUUUAUAAAAUACAUGAGCGCAUUGAAGUAAAUUUUGACCUUUUCUGUUAUAAUUGUCAAAACAAACAUGUAGCAAAUACUAUUUAUAAAACCUCUCCAAGCAUAUCGAUGUUUUUCGAUCUAUCUUUAGUAAACAUUAAUUUAGAAAUAUAUAUUUAGCAAAACUGUAAAUAUUUAAAGCAUGAAGAAUUUUUUUUUUUUUUGCCUGCGGGCAAUAUGCAGGACAUAGAAAUUAUAUAUUAAUCUAAUACGACAAAUGCAAAUGCAAUGUCAUGGGACUAUAUAAUUCUUACUAGCUGUUUAUCCUGUUUAAUUAAUCAUUUACCAAAGAUAUAUUUUGUAAAACCUGGAAAACAGGGAAACAAGGAGAAAACCACUUGAGCAAGUGGAGACAAAGUUUCUUUAUAUGAAUGUAACAAAUAGAAAUCAAAGGGACACUGUUUUGUAUUUGUUUCAACUCAAUAAACGGUAACUGCAAGGGCAAUUGUGUGUUAAAUAUUUGUUUGGGUUUAAUACAAGAUCAUCAAAAGUGAGUUUUUUAAAUAUUAAAGAUAUCAAAUAUGCAAGCAUAUUCCGAACGUAAAAAGUGUUAAAACCUUUGUGAAGUUUGCUGAUUAAUACUUGAUACCUCAUUAAUGAUAUGUGGUCCGAAAGUUUUUUAAAAGAUGUAAAUAAUGAUAUAAACGUUUGAGUACCAGAGCAUAGAUUAGCUGAAACAAAAUUAAACAUUGAAUGAUGGUUUUAAAUAUUUAUUAAAAUAAAUACAGCUAUUCAGUUGAGGCACUAGAGUAUUUAUUAUUUUGCAUAGAAUUGCAUACUACUGUCAAUUUUAUUAUUAUUAUUAUGAUUAUUAUUAUUAUUUAAAUAGAGACCAAAUUUCACAGGACUCCCACAAUGUGUGAGUAACCCGGUUAGUGCACAUCCUAUACGUCACGAGCCUAGGAGAGUCGGCUUCUAUUAAUAACUGCAGAAUCGGGGGCGCGCAUGACCUGAGAAGUGAGUGUACGCGCUGCAGUGCAAGCUAAUAGCUUCAACCAAUACGCAAAUUAUCGUCAAAAUGGUCUGAAUAUUUUGUUCGGUAAAAAGAGCUAUAACAUAUAUUGCAUUAUUUUGUUUCCGAAGUUGCGGUUAAAACACAUUAAUGUAAUUGCAUUUUGAUAAUUCUAAUUGAAAAACGGGAGCAUGCUGGAAAACGCUUAUUAAUAUUUGAAACGCUAUUGAAUGUAUUGCAGGAUGGAAAGCUUACAACUCAGUCUUCUCUUUGUGUUGAAUUUUAUUAAAACCCAGGGGGACGUUAUUGCCUUUGAAUUUGGUAACUGUAUUUUUACCCCUAAUCCUUUGAAAGUAUAAGGUCGGAAGUCAGGUUUCAAUUCCUAGUCAAACAUCUGCAGGGUAAAAUGUGCUUGACUUCAACAUUAAGUGUGGAAAAAACGGAACACAGCAUGGUGUUUAUCUUAGUGCUCUCUGGUUGCAAAGAAUGCACAAAAGGAAUAUUUGCUAUGAGCUAAAAACAUUUUUUUCAGCAAACAAUAUUAUUAAUUUCUUUUGACUUAUGGAUUUAUUGGCAUGUGGCUAGGCAAACUUAUUUCCUACCUCAUUUUAACAAUCUGAAGAAAUGUAAAUACCAGUUUCAAAUGAUUUCCUUCAGACAAAACAAAAAAGCUUCCAUAUCAUGUCAGUCUAUGAAAUAUCUAGUCUGUUGUGAUGGACCUUCUUCGAGUGAGUCUGAUGGCGCUGUUCUGAUUUUUUUGCUUGGUAUAUAAUACUUUUUCAAUCACUUUUCCUAAAAUGUGUCAGAACAUUUUUCUGCAGUUUACAACGAAGUCUUCAACAGGAUAUUGCAAUCUACACUGGAUUCAAAAGGAAUUCUGCUUUUACUCAUUGCUUUCCCUACAUUCUAUUGCAAAGUUUCUGUAAGGAGUUAUGACUUACCUUGCAAUUCAAAGUUUGGAAAUUUGAAGAAGUUUUUGCACCCUCCGGAAUAUUUUUUAUUAAACUUAAGAUACUCACCAGUACUUUUUUUUUUUUUUAGCAAUUUGCACCUUGCUUUACGAGCAGUUAUUUUCUUACUGUUUCUUUCACACUACUGUAUAUUUAUCUACAGAUGAUAUGGAAUUGCUUUUGAACAUUUUUGAUAUGAUGUUAAUGACCAAAAGACUUAUCUUUUAAGACUAAAUUUGACGAGUUGGCACAUUGGAUUAGCUCAGGCUUCUGAAGCUCAACAUGCCUUCACCUUCAGAUUCAAGCCAUUCUCUCAGCCCUGGUACUUCCCGGAGUCUUUCUCGCUUGGGUGUACAGCGAGCCCGAACACAGCUGCUUCUGGCCUUGGGCAUUGUCCAGAUGGGCCUUGGUUCCAUGAUUGUGGCAGUCAGCUUUGUGGCAGUGGCUUUCACCAGCUCAACAAAAGUGCGCCAUUCCUGUCCAUUCUGGGCUGGAUUUUUUGUUGUUAUAUCAGGCCUGGUGGGUGUGAUGUCUUGGAGACGACCUCUUACUCUUGUGGUGUCAUUGUUCAUGCUGUUGUCAGCUGUAUGUGUGAUACUGAGCUUGGCUGGGUCAAUCUUGUCAUGUCAGAAUGCACAGCUUGUCAAGUCUCUUGAAGCCUGUCAGAUGCCUAAUAUUGGGAAGGAAGGAGUCUGUAUUUGUUGUCAGACUUUUUCUAAACCCCCUCAGACCUCAACAUGUGGUCCAAUAGGAGAAACUCUCAAGCUGUAUCCUUACAAAGACUGUCGUACUGUGCGAGUGGCUCUUAAGGACCUGCUGUUCAGUGCUUGUGGCCUCAGCAUUCUUUCCACAGUCAUCUGUACUUUGUCCACUGUUACUUGCUGUAUCCACAUCUUCUCACUGGACCUGUUGCACAUUCUGGUGCCUCAUCGCUCCCGUUCAGUGAACCCAGAAUGUUCCACUCCACAAGAUGCAUUCCUAAAUAAUAUAAUGGACUUUGAAGAGUUUGUACCACCUGUACCUCCUCCACCAUACUACCCUCCAGAGUACACCUGCAGCUCAGAGACUGAUGCACAGAGCAUCACUUAUAAUGGGUCAAUGGAAAGUCCUGUGCCAUUAUACCCUACGGAUUUCCCUCCUCCAUAUGAAGCAGUGAUGGGACAAAGAGCAGAGAGCCAGGCAACUGUGUUUGAUGCACCUGUGAAUGAACUAUCUUGUGAGAGAAUUACAUCUACCGUGUUCAGUGGAGAAGUGUCAAUGGACAGUGGCUCACUAAUGAUGUCAGAGAUCAUCGACAUUCCCGAUGAUAGCUCUCCAUCAGAAGACUCCUGCUUGCUGGAGGUUGGAGCUGGAGGGUCUCUCAGAUCUGUGGAUUAUGUCAAUUUUAGAUCUAUGAAUCCUUCUCUGCAGCAGCAUCAGAACCAAGACUGCUCAAGGAAUACAGAUAUGUUGAUGCAACCAGUUUCAUCAGUAAUGCAGCCUAUCCGACCUAGUCCCAAAAGAGACCCUAAGAGAUAUUUUAGAGGAGAACGGUCAAAUUCGUGCUCUUCCCCAAGCAGCUCUGCUUGUGACUCACCUUUUAGAUCCAGCUUGCUGCACUAUCAGCCUGCUAGUAGUUGUACUCGCCUAGACACCCUAGGAGGCAGCUCUGUAAAGUCCCGAGUUAACUCAUCAUCUCGUGUGCCAGAGAUCCGAGUGCGACCUUCAACACCCAGCCGGCGUAAUUCUGAAGGAUCUCUUAGCUCUCAGGGUUCAUCACAGCUCCAACCUUUCCCACAGAGGCGGCAUAGUGACCAGUCCCGGCCUCCAACACCUCCACGGGCACUCAUGCCUCACCCUUUAAUGAGAUCUCAUAGCGACCCAGGACUCAGCACUUCCAAUGAAACAGGAGAUUUUAGUGCCUCAGCCUGCAGCAAAGGACUAAGCGAUGAGGCUUCCCAGAUUUCAUCUGAUACGGUUCCCUGCUCUGAAACCUAUUUGCUUCCUGCCACUCAUCUGGUACCUCCUACUUCCAUCUUACGUAAAAACUCCAGUAAAAGUAACAAACUCAUGUUAAAACACAUACCUGCUGCACAACAUAGGCUCUCCAAAGAAGGAACAAAGUCUCUUGGGGACCUAAAAGUAACACGUGUUCUAGUUGCAAGAUUCCUUCAACGAUCCAAGAAAAAUCUGGCAACAGGAGGUGAUCCUGCAGGGAACAGUAGCCAGGGGCACAAAAGGCGCCCUGAUUUUGGAGGAAAUAAUCCUUUUGAACAGGUCCUGCGGGCUUCAUGGCAAGUUGCAAGGCCAAGUCGCCAAGAAGGUAUUCACCUGCAGAGCUGUGGAGAUUUGAACUCCUCUUCUUCCUUAAGGAGGCUUUUGUCAUCGGGAAGAUUAGACCAAAGCCGACCACAUAGUUUGAGUGGUAUGUACAGAGAAUCAGCCCUCUGAGGAGAGGUGAGAGACUGUCUAAAAGUUCUACAUGGCAGGAACUCUGCAUGUGACGUUAGCAAAAGAAGAAGUUCCAUACUGCUGUUAUGACACACUGCCCAAGUGAAUGCUCAGGUCACUCUCUUUAAAGCCAAUCUUUAAUAGGGAAAGUUACCAGAGUCAUGUGUCUGGAAGUGUGUUGCUGGAAGCUGACCGCAACUGUUAGACAAUGUGGUGUACUAUUGCUACAAUGACCUACUGUUACCAUAAGUGAGCUAGGUAGACUUUGUUUUAAAUCUGUAUGGCUUAGGACUAAAUUGAGCAAUGCAUCACUGGCAACACUCACAUUUGAAAGAUGAAUUGAAACCUUUAUCCAUAAGAAUUUUCUUCAAGGUAAAACUCCACUGAAUGCGCUUGUCUGUCAGACUGACAAAAAAUGAAAAAUGUAAUAAUUUAAUUGUUUAGUGCAGAUCGAGAAUUGCAGUGGAUGGUUAACACCCAAUGCUCACUCUCUAAUGGUGAAGGAAGAAAGCCAUGGACUCACUGGGAGCCACUGCCAUGUGUACCAAUGAAGGCCAGAUCAGCCUGAACAGAAUGACCUUGGGCAACGGAACAAGUGCUUCUUCUAUUUCAGCACCAAUAUAAGCUAAGCUGUCAUCACUCUGAUUUAUGUUUCAAUUGUUUUAUCAAACCUGCAAUUAACAUAUCAUAUGUAUACCUGCUUUCAAAGGCCAUUCUGGGCAAGAACUCUCCAGCCACAAAGAUUGCAAUUUAUUAGUAUAAAAGCCCCCUAGUGCCCAAAUCUACUGCACCUUAUUUUUGUUAGACACACUGUAACUGUUUGAUCUUAUCAUGAUUAGGUGUUUACAUAGUUCUGUCAUAAUUUUUUCUAAGAGACCCCCCCACUUAUCUUUCUUUAGUUGUAGUUGAUCUGGGCAGCAACACUUCAGUUAUGCAUUUCUGGCCUAAUCACUGUGUAAAGGAGCUUUUAAAUUAUACUACUCAGAUUCAGUCAGAUUGGGUUGAUGUAGGCUGUAAGAGCUGUCCACAAUGCCUGUCAAAAUUGUUUCAUGCUGAUGGAACCUCCUUAGUUGCACUUUUCUAUUCUGGUGAAUGUGGUCAAUGCUCUACUGCUUAGGUAUGACCCAAUUUGACAAGUGCUCUCCAAAUACACCCACCAGCCUUAUCCAGUCUAUCCCCAUAGCCAUAUUUUUCUAUCACCAUGCUUAAUGCUCAUGUCAAAUCUCUUUAUUUUGGAAAUUAGUGUUUAUGGAAAACUUGCUUGCCCCAGGUAAAAAAAAAAUCACUGUGUUUCUUAUACAGUAUCAGACCUUGUAUAACUUAAAACUAGCUAAUAUUACUCAUGUACUGUGUACAGUCAUUCAUACAUGUACUGAUUGAUUUGUGAAAACAGAGGACUUUAACAAUGCAAUUUUUAUCAAGAACAAAUAUCCUGUGGAACAUUUCAAUAUUCAGCUCAUUUCAUAUACAGUACACACAACACCGACCAUGCUCUGAUUAGCCUCAUAUAAUCAAAAAUCCACUUGUGCAUGAGAAUUUCUGUAUCUUCUGAGAAAUGUUACACAGCACAUAAACUCAAAAGUAGGUGCUGUAUCAUGUGCCUCCUUUUGCACUGCUUUGUGCAGCUUGUGGUUCUCAACAACCCUGUAAUCACAGCUUUGUGGCAACAGAGACAAUAGCCGUGGUUAAGACGAGCAGUUGUUGAGAACAGAUCUCUAUCUUCUGGCAGGUGGGGUAAAGAAAACUGAAUGUGACCUUCAUGGUAAGCAGAGCUGGCCAAAAGCAAUCAGUAAAUAAGAAUGCAUGAAAUGGAGGCCAUCACGUAGUUGAAUCCUUAGAACAGAAGACAUGUCAGGAAACAUUGCAUUGCUGAUGCCAAUUUGUAACUAAUGGUGCUGUGCUAUUUAUUUACAGUGGUUCAGUAAAAUGGCCACUACUGGAAGAAAUGAUGGCCGUCCAAAUAUAAGCACAGACCAAUAUGUAGAGUUAUUUCUGCUCUUCCUGCAUAUCUGUUUUGAUUGUAUAUAAAAAUAGAAGAACUUUAGCAAAGAAAUGGCUAGCUCCAGGAACAAACAGAUCCCGUCCCACUGAAAAACCACAUAGACAAUCUCCAUUUUUCCAGGCUGGGAUCCUUCUUGUCUUUUAACAAUGCAACUGGCCUGUGCUGCUCUCUAAACAACGGGGCAAUGCAGAUAUUUGUGGGCCUCACACUCUGCACAACCUUUGCUUUUCUAAAUAUUGAUUUAUUUUUGUAUUUAUAGUACAUCUACUAUAAACUGCUCACCUUGCACUCUUGCUUGAACUGGGACAGUGACAUUUUAUAAGUAGAAACAGUAAUUUGAGUGUACUCGUGCAUCACCUACAGUACAGCCAGAUUGCUGAACUGUUCCAAAGCAAAAACCUAAGUUCCAAGGCAGCUUAAAUGAAAUGUGCAUGACCUGAUAAUCAUCUGUAACUUUCCUAGGUUUUGGUAUAAAAUCUCAAAGACUUUUCAUUCUAUUAAUU